AUGACCACGUCGGCUCCUCAAUUGAGUAUCAAGACGUUUCUCAAUCCAUUUGAGCUUUACUCAGAUUCUCGUGGUCAUGGAUAUCAAGGCAGCUCUCGCAACGUUCGUCUAGGGCGUGUUACACCACCCGGAGGAGGUUCUAUAGCCAAGAGUGAGGAUGGAAUGAGAUGCGCUGUUACCGGGAAAGAAUCCUUGAGAAUAUUGCGAGUGUCUGAACCAUCGGAGAGUAAUAACCCUGACCACAAGUUCUCGGUGGGUCGUGGAGGCCAUCGUAUCGACGCGUCGCGCAAUUUCUGGGAUACAAGUGGGUUGAAGAUUGACAGUGCAAGUACCGACGUUGCUUGGGGACAUGGCCAGUUCAACAACAAGAUUCUUACCAGUGCUCGUAAUGGUGAGCUGAUCCUAUGGGAUCUAAACAAAUCUGGUGUUACAAAAUAUGAGAGGAGGACGAAGGACCAUAUCCGUUCUAUCCAUAAGAUGUCCGUGUCGCAUGUCGUGCACCAUUACUGUAUAACUGGAUCUGCUGAUGGACAUAUGCGCGUCUGGGACAUACGCGACUUGUCCAAGUCUAUAAUGAGAGUACAUCACCCGACGUCUGUUCGCAGUCUCGUUUUUUCGCCAAGUCUCUGGCAACCUUUGCAAGCCAUAGCUGGACUCGAUAAUGGGAGCAUAUAUCGGUGGGAUUUGCGUAUGGGUCAGCGGGGUUUGCUUGACAAGCUGCCUGUAGCUCAUACCGCUUCAGUCACGGCAUUGGACUGGUGCUCUGCUGCUGGCGCAGGACCUCAAGGAACAUCGGCUGUAGGUAUCACAGGCCAAGGGGAUCCAGGAUCCACCGGGUUAGGCUGGUUGGUGAGCGGCGGGCUCGAUCGAUGCGUCAAGGUAUGGGAUCUAACGUCUCCAGGUGCAAGCACACAUAUACCUCACAAGCCCACCUACACCCUUCACCCCUCGUUUGCGGUCCGUCGCCUGGCAUGGAGACCUGGCUAUGAAUGCGAAAUUGCUGUCGUUUCAACAACUGAGUUCGCCACCUCCUCAGUUGAUUCCUCAAAUGCCGGAUCAUCUGGUCUUCUCACAAGAACUGGGAGUGGGCAUGGGUUAGACCAUAUUAUGCGAGGCGCUCUUCCGGAGAGCAUUUAUCCAUCGAAAGACAAAAUGGGCGUGCAGACAGAUGUCAAAGCAUCGUCAUCUAUACCGUCUGUGGGAGACGCUGUUGAGAUCUGGGAUGCUCGUAGGGGAUGGCUAGCUAAAUGGUCAGUGAGGGGGUCUGCUGUCGAAGGUGGCGUCACAGACAUUACCUUUGGCGACUCACAUGCUAUUUGGGCACAACACACAAGCGGGUCGUUCUCCCAAAUCGAUUUACGCGACGCCACAAAACCUAUUGAUGCUAUACCUCGUGUUGCUACUACUUGGGAGGCUACGGGAUCUAUGGCUUUCGUAGUUGACAAGGCUGAUAGAUGGGAAGUCCCUUAUGAUGAUAUACAUCCUGAACGCAAGAAUGUUGUUGAUCUCCCCAAACCGUCUACUAAGGCGCUAGGCGAUCCCACAUUUAAACAAUCAACACAAACGAUUGGAACAUUUAGCGACUUUACAGAUACCGAUCUAGAAACAUUUACUACAUUGGCCAGGAGAUAUCUAUUCGAAGGUAGGACGAGGAAAGAUAUAUGUGCCUACAACGCUGGUGUGGCCUUUGGCGCUGGCCACGAAGCCGCCGCACAAAUUUGGCUUCUAUUAGGAGCAUCGUUGGCUGAGUAUAUCCCCGCUCAUCCACCUACACCACCGCCUUCGCCACCAACGAUACCCACUGAUCCCCCGGCUCCUACCACACAGCUCUCCCCAAGUAUCUCAACAAAUCUGACCGGCUACUCGUUUCCCACAUCUUCUACAAACAAAUCUGCGGAAUUAUCACCCUCGAUUCCUCAAAGAAUCAGUCCUGCUAGGAGAUCCACUAGUGGUUCGUUAUCUAGGGUAUCAAGUCACACCCCAUCCUCCUCAACCUCGCGUAGAUUGACACCUACCUCAUCUACAUCCUCUUCCCCUCGCCAUAUUCCCCUGUCGCUACCUCCAGUGACACCUCGCAGAGCAUCAUUUUUUGGCAGACGAGAAUCCAUUGAUUCAAGUUCAGUACCUCAUCCUUCAAUGCUUAGGCGACCUUCGAUUCCUCCCUCGCUUGCUAUCACAGCUAGCAGCCCUGGUGAUCGAAGCACACCUAGUCUACGGCAUGUGGGAGAGGGUGUUCUGGAUGAUUCUGAUUCGUCGGGAAGUGAAGAAGACCCUGAAGGGGAGGAAACAGCUGCAGCUAACUCCAGUGACGGAGAAGGAGUUAAUACCAGUCGUUCAGAGCAAACACAGACAGCACCUCGAAACAUUCCCACACCAAGUCCACUAUCGAGAAUUGCAGGGCACCAGGCUUGGACAGAGGACGAGGACGAUGGAGGAACGGAUCAUGAAGAUGAUGCAUACUCACCAUCACCUCAGUCAUCAACUGAUAGUGACUCGCAUGGCUCGAGUUCACCAGAUACGCGCUCAAAGUCUGUCAAGGCUACUCGUCGCGGUUCAAAUCACUAUAAAUCGAGGAGUAGGAGUUCCACCGUUGCUUCUCUUGCUGCUCCUCCACCCCGACCUUUAUCCCGUCAAAAUUCUCGGAGUAGCAUACGUACAGUUACCGGUCCCGAUGCACCCGCAAGAGAUCAAGAAGAUAGCAAUUCUGUACAUCGCCAGGGACCCCCUGUGAAUCCUGCACAGGAUCCAAAAACUGGUCACCACCGUCAUAAAUCGACAACGGUAUCUGAAAUGAUUGCGAACUCGACUAAACCAAGUACCCCUGCUGUCAGAGUAGUUGACAUUCCCGCUCAGACAGAUGUUGACAUUCAGAUGACUGAACGGAGGAUAGAGAUAAUCAAGCUCGACGAUAACAGGUUCAAAGCGACGACAUUAAAAGCAUUGGAGCGGGCAUUAGAACAAUUUGCUGAAGAAGGAGAUGUGCAAAUGUGUGCCAUGCUGGCACUCGUUGCCCCAGAAGAACUGCAUAUCCCAAGGUCAAGAGUGAGACGCUUCUUAGACUCGUAUAUUGCUAAACACCGCACAGAGAUUCUUACGCGUCUCCGAUUGCAUACAUGCGCUGCAUAUCUUCGCAAGUACUGCGACCACGAAGAUAUUCGCAAACCCACGUUAAUGGGGACGACGAUUUACACGUCGUGCGGUAAAUGUCGGAAACCUCUGCUCGUUCCGGCUGGUAGCUUCAGUGGCAGAGUAAUUAACCAGGGUGCAUUCUCCUUUUGCCUGGGCUGUAAAUCAUCUGUGGUUAUGUGCUCUAUAUGUCGUCUCCCGGUUCGUGCGCUCCUCUUCCAGUGUUCUGUGUGCCACCAUGGUGGCCAUCAAGCAUGUUACCGCCAGUACUACCUUCAACAGCCCAUGGUGGACCUUCCUUCUUCUUUUGUCCCGGCCAGCGAUUCCAGUCGUGGAAGGGCAUCUGUACGUAUUGCGUCGACAUCCGUUGAGGAUGAUGCAGGAUCCACCGCAGAUACGUCAGGUAUACCUAGCCCUGAACAACCCCACCAUCCAAAAUCACUUGCAGGCCACCCAUGUGCCGCCGGAUGUGGCCAUUUUUGCUGGGCUGCAAAUAAAGAAUGGGAAGAAUUGCCCUAG